AUGGAGUACGCACACAAGAAUCGCGCAAAGAAAAGGCAGUAUGCGCAAAGGAGAUAUCUUCCAUCGAUCGGCUUCUCGUUGGGUCGGCUUCACGUUCUCUCGAUUAAGUUGGAUGGUCAAUUGCUGAUGGCAUUUGGUUUGGAAAGCUCGUUCAACGAACGAUUGCGUGUAACGAAUGAAGAACUUCGAAGGACUGACACACUUCAGGUUUUCCAAUGGAGCAGAUCGGCCUAA